AUUCCAUUGAAAGUUAAGCGCUCUGUUAUUCCUUCUACUGCUAAUUGUGCUAGGUUUUAUGCUUUGCCUAAGGUUCAUAAAGCUGGUAUUCCUUUCAGGCCAAUUGUUUCCAAUAUUGGUACGGCUUCCUACAAACUUGCGAAAUAUUUAGUCUCAGUGUUUUCUCCCCUUAGGAGUCAGAAUUUAUUCACUGUGAAACAUUCGACUGAAUUUGUCGAAAAAAUUCCUAAUUUUGCUCCAAAUAACUCUUUUAUGGCUUCAUUUGAUGUGAACUCUUUAUUUACGAACGUACCGGUCGAAGGUUCAUUGUUAUGCCUUAAGAGUAGACUUUCUGAAUUUCAUUUUACUUCUAAGGAAAUUGAUGAGUUAAUUUUUCUUACUCGGAUUUGUUUAAAACAAUGUUCUUUUGUUUUUAAUGGUAGAUUUUAUACUAUGGUUGAUGGUCUGGCUAUGGAAAACCCACUUAGCCCCAUUCUUAGUGAUAUUUACAUGCAUUACUUUGAAGUUAAACUGUUCCAAAAAUUACAGUUUCAAUUUUAUGUUCGCUAUGUUGAUGACUGUUUUGUUCUUAUGAACCAUAAUGAUCUUAAUGUUGAUGAGGUUUUGGUUAUUUUAAACUCUAUAGAUUCUCAUAUUCAGUUCUCGUAUGAACUUGAACAAAAUAACUGCCUUCCCUUUCUCGAUGUUCUCGUUUCUCGAACUGAGUCUUGUUUUGAAACUACUGUUUAUCGCAAACCUUUUUCUGUUUCUUUACCU